AUGGCGAGUGAAGAAGGCAGACCCGCGCAGCCCAAGUCGAUCCUGCGCGGCCACAAGGCGCAGGUACACGCUGCCGCCUUCGUGCGAGAAAACGAGCGCCUCAUGACGGGCGAUGCCGAUGGCUUCGUUGUCGCCUGGGAUCUCACCAUCAUGCGCCCCCGCGCUGUCUGGCAGGCCCACGCCAACUCCAUUCUGGGCAUUGCUGGCUGGGCGCCGGACCGGCUGAUCACUCACGGAAGAGACAACAAGCUCGUGGUAUGGAAGUUCGCCGCCGGGGACGAGGCCCGCCUCAGCACCAAGCUGCCCUUGGAUCCCUCUCCGGAGCCCCGGCCGCAGCCUUGGAUCCUGUACAUUCUUGAUGUCAACACCAUGAAUUUCUGCUCCUUUUCUCACUGCCCCGCCUCUCCAGACUCGGGUGCUGCGUCCUCCGAGAUCCUUGUCGCAGUGCCAAACACCCUUGCCUCUGAGGCUAUCGAUAUCUUCCAUCUCCCAUCCCAGGCACGGCGGCACACAGUGAAACUCGGCGAGAAGAAUGGCAUGGUCAUGGCGCUAUCGCUCUUCCACCUGGGGCAGUCUUUGACGCUCGUGGCCGGCUACGAGAACGGCCUGGCACUAGUAGCUCAGCUCGACGACCACGGCGGCUGGACCGUCAAGUACCAGGCCACGUGCCACACGCAACCCGUACUGUCUCUUGACGUCUCUCCCGCGAGGGACUUCUUCCUCACCUCCAGCGCCGACGCCAUCAUCGCCAAGCACCCCCUCCCGCCUCCAUCUUCUCCCUCGGCCGGCCCGCAAGAGGAGCUUCACCGGCAAACACCCCAACCACCACCACCACCACCACCACAACCGAACCCGCCAUCCGCCGCUGCGACAACAGCAAGCACCCCAGCCCCCAAAUCCCUCCUGACCGCCGCGCUAGCCACCACCACCACCAACAACAGCACCAAAAAUCCAACAGCAGCAACAACAACAACAACGACGACGAACCCUCCCACUCCCCAACCCGUCCAAACCGAGAACCAGAUCCGCACCCAGCCGCUGCAGGUGCGCAACACGCGGCACGCCGGGCAGCAGGCGCUGCGCAUCCGCUCCGACGGCCGCGUCUUCGCCACGGCCGGCUGGGACGCCCGCGUGCGCGUGUACGCCGCCCGCACGCUCGCCGAGGUCGCCGUGCUCAAGUGGCACGCGGCCGGGUGCUACGCUGCCGCGUUCGCGGAUGUUGUCUUGGAGGGGGAAGGGGAGGGAGUUGCAGAUCGGGACCCACGGGUCCGGGGCCAGGAUGGGGCGACGGAAGGGGAGAGUGAGGGCGGUGGCGAUGGGGCUGCGGCGGCGGAGGUGGUGGUGAGCAGGGCGGCGCCUGUGCCCCGGCUGGUGGAGAUGAGUGUGAGGGAGAAACGCGUGCGGCAGGCGAGGACGGCGCAUUGGCUUGCGGCGGGGAGCAAGGAUGGAAAGGUGAGCUUGUGGGAUGUGUUUUAG